CGCGCGCCUGGUCUCCCUGGGUUACCAUCAACAAGUAGAUUAGCAGGGGCAGCAAUGCUAGCUUGGCUUCGGUUUAUUAACCCAAUCUAAGCGGGUAUGUGUUUUUAACAAUACAUGGCAGCCUGUCUAUAGUAGGGACUUCUUACUAUAAUAUGCCUGUGUUGUAGAACAAUAAGUAAGAGGCUAACUAGCCUUAGCAUACGUUUGUUCGUAGCAUGCUAAUGCUUAAGAGAGCGAGCUGUUUUUGUACUGUUCGGUUUACAUGAUGGCAGAUCAGGGGGUUAGGACACUUGCAUAUACAAAAAGCCCCAAAAUAUCGAAAAGAACUACAUUCCAGGAUGAACUCCAGGCUGCUGUGUCCUCCAGGGAGAGCAAAGCAAAAGCACAACAACAUCUCUCCUAUUAUGAUGACUGGGACGAUGAAGGAGAUGAUUUUUUGAACAAUCUCCUUAAAUCUAGAAAAAAGAAGAUUGACGCUUUCAAGGCCGGGAGGAGUAAAGCGACAUUUAACACCUUUGAACUUUCAGAUGAAGAGGGAAAACAGAGCAAGCCGAAAAAAGUUUCAUUCCUAAAAUCCCAAAGAAGCAGCUCUUACUCAAAAGACGCAUCAGCUUCUGAGCCAGAUGAGUCUUCUAAUGACGGGAAUGUCAAUGAUGGCUCUCUGUCCGCCCAGGGCUCCACAAACAGCAGUGAGAAGUCACAAAUAAACCGAACCAAUGUGGAACCUAACAGUGACCUGAUCACAAAACAGACCUCUAGUAUGUCAUAUCAAACAUCAGAUGAUGCUCUUUCUUUACCGUUACCGUCUGACGGAAGUGUCGGUGAGACACCAGGUCCAGAAGACAAAGAGACAGAUUCUGUAGUGGAGGAAACCUCCCAGCUGCCAGCAGUAUCUACUCCUCGCCAUGACAACACUGUUUCAGCUGACAGCGUUACAGAGAAGGAACCACCUAAACCUAAACCUCGCCAAAGGACUCUUGGAUUGAAGCCAAACAUUUCGCAGAACAAAGCCGAGGAGGAAAGUGGAACUCAGGAUUUCAGCAGAUCCCAGACAUCGUCUAUGUCCAUCCUCUUCUCUACCGAUGCAUCCAGCACCAUAGCAUUGACAGAUGGAGAUCAGACUUCAUGUAGCCCCAGAAAAUUGUGUUCAAAUAAUAGGGAAGAGUCACAAGCGACCACCGGGUCUACGUUUGAUUCUAGAGAUGGUGUUGUAUCCAAUGACAGCCUGGAGCCAGGGAGACACUAUUCUUCAUCAUUUGAAGAAUUUAACGAACACGUGCAAGGUCCGUCAGAUCAAAGCUCUCAUGCCCCUGAAAGGUCAUUUGACACCAAGACAUCCAGUUCUCACUCUAAGACCACUGAAAGGUCUCAGAGUGCAUGCUCCAGAAAGGUGGAAUCAAAAUAUUUGGGAACAUUCAAAAUUCUGGACCGGAGGCUGUCAUUACAGGAGUCGUCACCACAAGCAGCGGAAUCUAUCAGAGCUGCAGUUUACCAGGAAUGGCUUAAAAAGAAGAAAGAGAAGCUACGAGGGAACAUGCAGCUGAAGAAGGAAGAAGAGCUUCGAAAGGAAAGACUGGAAAAGGAAAGGCAGUCUAAAAAGGAAGAUGCUAUUGUCUCUUAUGAAGCUUGGAAAGAAAAGAAGGCAGAAAGCCUCAAAGCCAAAGCCAAAGAAAGGCAAAGCAUGAUUAGAAAAGUGCAAAAAGAAAGUGAAGAGAAGGAGGAAAAGAGACAAUCUGCUAAACAGGUGUUUGAGAACUGGAAGCGUGAAAACAUUCAGCAGCUGAGAGAGAAAAACAGAAAGCAGAGAUUGAUCGAAAGCAGAAAGAAGCUGCAGAAGCAGGAGGAAGAGGAGGAAAAGAAGAGAGACAGUAAAUCUGCAUUUUCUGACUGGUGUGACAAAAAGAAAGACGUCCUUCACGAAAAGCUUAAGGAGCGCAAGGAAACUAAAACAAAAGCAGAGGAAGAGCAAUACCUGAAGGAAGAACGAGAAAAGAUGGCAUUAGAGACGUACGAAAACUGGCUGAUAAGAAAGGAUCGAGAGCAGAGGAGAAGAAAAGAUGAACAGCGGAUAAAAGCAAUACUUGGAGAGAGUCCUCCGCCAUGGAGCCCUCCAAAUAAAACCGUCCCAUUUGGAAAGUGACACUCUACAGUAAUAUUACAUUGUUUUUUUUUUACAUUUUUUUCCCCCCAAAAAAUCUUAUGACUUGUUUUAAAUAAAAAAAUGUGUUGCCUACAAA